CUUCCAAACCCUACACCUCUGCUCUCUCUCCCCCUCCCCAUGUCUUCAUUUGAUCUGAACCAGGCCCCUUCUCUCUCUGCAUCAGAUGGAGAAGGCCAAGGCCCUUUCUUCACACCGCCAUCCAACACCUCUUCUUCUUCUUCCUCCUCCUCCUCCUUUCUCAGCAACUUCUCAAGGAACCAGCAACAUGAUCAUCCCUUCCUGCAACAAGAGUCGAAUAUGGCAGCUCAAGGAUCGAUACAGAGCCAUCAGCUACAAGGUCAAGCCGCCUCAGUGCAGACCAAGAGGCAACAUGAAACCGUCACCUCGAGAUCAAAUCAAAAGCAACUGCAGCUUCAAGUCUUCUGGUGAUUCUAUCAGUAUCAGAGCCUGCUCCAAUUGUAGCACCACAAAGACUCCUCUUUGGAGGAGUGGCCCUCAUGGCCCCAAGAGUCUUUGUAAUGCUUGUGGAAUAAGACAGAGGAAGGUGAGGAGGGCCAUGGAAGCUGCUGCUGUGUGUAGUGUGACAAAAGAGGAGAAGCCAUGCAACAGUACUGUGCCAUUCAAGAAAAGGUACAAGUUUACCAGCUCAAGUAAACAGAAAAAGCUCUUUGUGGAUGAAGCAGUGGUGGUGCCAGUGAAGGAUGAGAGAGAUGCUGCCAUCUUGCUGAUGGGGCUUUCCUGUGGCCUAAUUAGGGGCUGAGCCUAAGAAUUGAUUUGAAAUUUAAUCAGAGAUAGAUUUUUUGUUGAUUGUGGGAGGAAGAGAUAAGGGGGGUUGAUUGACAAAACUUGGGGAAGAUAUGAACAUUCCUCCACUUUGUUUGAACUUGCAUACUGGUUAUCAAUUGGUUUGUUAUUCAACUUCAUUUUGCAUUUGAUUGUUUAUAA